AUUAUUUCAACGGGGGGUCACAUUGGUUGCGGAAAAUAAAACAAAGUCAAAAUAUUUUCGAUUCUCCGUAAAAUUAAAUAAAAUAGUACAAUGCCAAAGUACUAUUGCGACUACUGCGACACCUACUUGACCCACGACUCGCCCUCGGUGAGAAAGACGCACUGCACCGGCCGCAAGCACCGCGACAAUGUCAAGUUCUACUACCAGAAGUGGAUGGAGGAGCAGGCUCAGCACUUGAUUGACGCCACCACCGCCGCCUUCAAAGCUGGCAAGAUCACAAACAAUCCCUUCGCCGGAGGUCCCGCGGCGGCGCCUCCGAAGCCAGCGGGCGUGUCCAUCCCACCACCGAAUCUGGGCGCUCCGCCACGACCGGGCAUGCCCGGAAUGCCGUAUAUGCCGCCGAUGAUGAAUCCCAUGAUGACGGGCAUGCGUCCGCCACCCAUCCUCAACCCCAUGGCCAUGAUGGGUCCGCCACCGCCAUUGGGCACCAUUCCCGGUGUCCGUCCGCCAAUCAUGAACGGACCCAAGUGACAGAACGACGUGCACCUAAUAGGAUGUCCUAGUUAAGCUGUAUCACCUAAGUAACUUCAAUUUCUACCAAACCAAUUAUAUAAAUUUAUAUAAAACGUAAA